AUGACAGAGCCACGUAUUGCCUUCAAAGCAGGUCGCUGCUUCCGCCGUGAGGGCACCAGCUUCGUCGACGCGAGCCCGACGAAGGGCGCGAUCAUCCUCCAGAACGGCGAGGAUGGUCUCUUGCAUUUCAUGUGGAAAAACCGCCAGACGAACAACGUCGAAGAGGACUUGAUCCUGUUCCCGUCGGACGCGGUAUUCCAGAAGGUCGAGCAGUCUGCGUGGGGCCGGACGUACAUCCUCAAAUUCGCGUCCUCCAACCAAAGACAUUUCUUCUGGAUGCAGGACGCGGAUCCGAGCAGAGACGCCGAAUUCGUAAGCAAUGUGAACAGGCUUCUGGAUGAUCCCCAGACGAUUCCUAUAUGGUGGGCACCUGGGUACAAUCCUGGCCACGACGCGCAGGCGUCAACAUCUUCCGCGCCAGAUGCAGCUCCUACUGCCGGAUCUUCUCAGGCCGCAUCGUCUCAGGCGCACCAACCAACGGCGCAAGAGCUAGCACAACUACAGUCCAUCAUCGCUUCUAUGUCUGGCGGCAGUGGUCAGCAAGGGAUACCUGAGAUGUCCCUCGUUGAUAUUCUCACCCCCGCCAACCUAGCACCGCUUUUCAGCGAACACCCAGAGCUCGUUCGCGCAUUAUUCCCCUAUCUCCCGCCAGAUCUACCUACACACCCCACAGAGGAGACGCUCCGACAAAUUGUUUCUUCACCGCAAUUCCGUGCGGCUGUGCGCAACUUUGACCAGGCCCUGCGUACUGGCCUGCUGGGCGGGCUCGUCAGAGGCCUAGGUCUGCCGGAGGAGGCGGGCACCAGUAUCGAAGCGUUCUUGCGUGCAAUCCAGGAGCAAGCGAGAGUAGCCGACGGUGAUAGUGAGGGCGAUAGAAUGGACACAGAUUGA